ACUGUUUUGACCACACAGCAUCCGCGUAGAUGACAGAAACCUUGUAGACGGUUCGUGGCCAAUAAAUGUUUUUUUUUGAGGGCGACAUGACAUGCGCAUUAUACACUGUUGAUGACAUUGCUAGCUGGUUCGACUGAACUUUGAAACUGCCAACUAGAUUGCUAAAAUACAUAAAAUAUUGUCUCCUUCGUUAGACACGACCAUGCUACAGUUCCUGGCUGGGUUUACUUUGGGAAACGUUGUUGGGAUGUACCUCGCUCAAAACUACGAGGUCCCCAACAUAUCCAAAAAGAUAGAAGCCUUCAAGAAGGAUGUGGCGGCAAAGAAGAAACCUCCAGCAGAUUAAAGAAGAGAUUGUUUCUUUCGAUCCAUGUUGAUCAGAGGCAGAUUGAAGAGAUGGGGACUAUUGGAACAACAAAAUGCACACUGCAAAGGACAUAUAUUUUUUUCAUCUAAUUUAUUCUAAGGUUACAUGGACAGAUGAAUAAAUUGUAGAAAGUAUUCUCUAAUCAGGGUUUUUACAGUGCCUGGACUGGUCCAGUGUUAUUUGUUUGUAUUCUUAAAGUGCUUUGCUAAAUUUUUAAGAUAAUAUUGAGGGUUCUAUUUAUGAGUGGAUAUGCGAAGAUGACUAACUGCUGUGGGAUCUAAUAAACUUCAGAAACCUUGGCCUUAUCCUUGCAAGCAGCUGGGCAGGGCAGGCCUUUGGGUGGGGUGCUGGCAAUUGCAUUUAUAUCAAGUCUAAACAAGGCAUUUUUACAAUAUACGCUUGUCAUUUUUGCCAACUAAACAGUGCAGUUACUGCUUUUGAGUGAUGUUAUCUAGAAUUAAACUGGGAGGCCUGUUCUAUGGA